ACUGUAUUCUGCAGCGAUACUUGCACAAGGUUCAUGUGGAUACAUUUACAGCUCCGUCUUCUGUCUCCUAGUGAUCAGCCAUAAUUUAUUACUUAUGAUUCCUAAGUGCAUCUGCUAUGGACAUCCCGUAUACAGCCCACAUUCUGCAGGUACUGGGUAGAGGGUUGCGGCCCUGCCUGGUUACAUCCCACAAUCUCCAUUGUCGUCUAAAAUCUUCUAAAGCCUAUGUGUUGGCUGCAGCGCCCAAGGAAGGAGCGAUAUAUGCGCCCCUGGAGACGUUCACAGAAGAAGAGGGAAUGCUGCGAGACAUGGUACGAAAAUUUGCCCAGGACCGGAUCGCCCCACUUGUGAAAACCAUGGAUGCCAAUUCAAAAAUGGACAAUUCAGUCAUUCAGGGAUUGUUUGAGCUUGGGCUGAUGGGUAUAGAUGUGGACCCCAAGUAUGGCGGCACAGGAGCAUCUUUUUUCUCCUCCAUUCUUGUGAUUGAAGAGUUGGCCAAGGUGGACCCAUCUGUGUCAGUUUUCUGUGACAUUCAGAACACCCUCAUCACCUCCUUGUUCGAGCAGCUAGGUACAGAGGAACAGAAAGAGACUUACCUGCCCAGGCUUUGCAAAGACUUGGUGGGCAGUUUCUGUCUGUCGGAGGCUGGUUCUGGCAGCGAUGCUUUCUCUCUGAAAACCACAGCUCAGAGGCACAAGGAUUAUUACCUGAUCAACGGCUCCAAGAUGUGGAUCAGUAACUCGGAGCAGGCCGGAGUCUUCCUUGUGAUGGCAAACGCUGACGUGUCAGCUGGAUACCGAGGAAUCACAUGCUUCAUUGUUCCCAAGGAAACGGAAGGACUCCAUAUUGGAAAAAAGGAGGAUAAACUAGGACUUAGAGCGUCUUCAACAUGUGCACUGACCUUUGAUAAUGUUAAGGUUCCAGCAAGCAGUGUUCUUGGGAAGCUUGGUCAGGGCUAUAAAUACGCCAUAGGAAUGCUGAAUGAAGGUCGGAUUGGAAUUGCAGCCCAGAUGGUGGGCUUGGCGCAGGGCUGCUUUGACCACACCAUCCCGUACACCAAACAGAGGAUUCAGUUUGGAAAGAGAAUAUUUGACUUUCAGGGCAUGCAGCACCAGAUCUCACACAUAGCGACCCAGCUGGAAGCUGCACGACUACUCACGUACAACGCUGCCAGACUGAAGGAGGCAAAGAGACCCUUCAAGAAGGAGGCAUGCAUGGCGAAGUACUUCGCAUCUGAGGUGGCUGGAACGACCACUAGUAAAUGUUUGGAGUGGAUGGGAGGUGUCGGUUUUACAAAGGACUAUCCCAUUGAAAAGUAUUACAGAGAUGCAAAGAUAGGUACGAUAUACGAGGGAACCUCCAACAUCCAGCUGAGCACGAUCGCCAAGUUCAUAGACCAGGAGUACUGAAAAGCAGCCUUAAGGCGUCCGAACCGUUGUCACGCUCAUAGGCUGACCCUCUAAGAGCUGACACUUGCUUCUCGAACAUGAAUGUCCACAUCUGUAUGAAUGUAAAAUCCUCAUCCAAUCGAUAAAUACCAUGGACUUUGCCACUACCUCAGUAAUUCACUCACUAGUCUGCUGUAGGACUUGAUACUAGGUAUAUGAGUUUUAAAAGAAUCUUUACUGAUUACCCCAUUAGAAGGGUUUUGGUGAAGCUGGUGUAACCUUACUAAACUGCAAAAUAUUACUUCUGUAAUAUUACUUCCACUACUCUGUCCAGCUUUCUUAAUGGACUCCUCAAGAAACCUUUUGGUACAAGGCAAACUUUUGGAUUUAUCCUUCUAUUACUGUUAUAUGUCUGAAUCGUAAAUUGGUCUCUCAUAAUGCCCCUGUUAGGGCAUAUAGAUAUUAUGGAUAGGGGGGCAUAUCCUGCGCACAGGACCCCUACCCUCUAUCAGUGAGAGAUGCUCAGGUGCUUUAUAUGAUUAAAAUGUAUCUAAAACACAAAACCGUAAUUGGAUACCAGCGCUGCCGCCGUAAAAGCUUCACCAAGUUGCAAUAAGAGAGUUUUGUCGCUGCUGGGUCUGUGAGGGUUAACUGCUGGUACCCUUAAUGUUGCAAAAGACUAAUGAUUAAAAAAGGGGGGAACCCGCGCUGACUGUAAACAAAUCCAACCAAUAUAUACAGAGAACAAGUACUUGCCGCUAGUGAAGUAAAAUAGAUCCCAUCCGGAUUGCUUUCCCUAUCGAUGUAAGGGAUUGCGCUAUCUUCAGCUUCCUCCUUCAGGCGUGCGGCUCCGGCCGGUAGCUCGCGCGCACCGGGGGGGGGGAGGAGCCGCACUGUAGUUUCCAGGGGAACGGACCUUCAGCGUGACGUCACACGCUCGUGUCACUUCCCCGCUUUAUAUGAUUACUUACAGAACAGUGGUCUUCGUGAGACCACCCCUUUAAAUGGACAUUGAACCUAGAAAUGAAUGAGGGACAAAGAAAAUGCCUGCCUAUCAGCAAGGAUUUCUGCAGGCUUGUUAAAUCUUCCGAGAAAACAAAGGUCAUUUCUAUCUGGUUUCCUUCCAUCUUAUGGGGACCAGCGGUGAGGUGGACCUUGCCUGGUGUACACAGAGAGGAUGAACAACGUAAAUUAGCCUCUUUGACCAGACCGGACCAUCCCAAAUCAAAUUACUGUUCAGUAGUCUUUAUUUGAUCGGUGAAAUAUUAAGAUUUGCAUCGGUUACAAACUAACAUAACUGUAGGGGAAUGACAUUUUCUGGGAAGCUACACUAUAACCUGAGAUUGUACUAAAACCCCAGAAGAAGAGGGGGUUGAUGCUGUUACAGCUGAUAGCACUUUCUUAUAAUCUUUUAUCUUUUGUUCCAUGGUGACUAGUAAAAAUAAAAAUUCUGUGUAAAUUUUGAAUACGGUGGAAUCCGAA